UUCGGUACGGUCGCAGUUUGAUGAAAAAAUCACGAUAUUUCUCAUCAAUAAAUUGAAUAUCUAUUGUCAAUGUAAUCAUAGUGUUAAAUAUCGUAAAAAAUAUACUUUUUAUAUGCUAAAAUAUUGCAAUAUCGACGCAUUUUCGGUCAAUGUAACAAAAAAAACAAGUUUGGAUAGUGGAAAGCCACUAUUGACACAAAGAUGGUUAAAAGCAAUAAAUGGAAUCUUAUCCGGCUAAAGCAGGACAGAGUGUUUUUUUUAAAUGUAGGUAAGUCGACAAUCGGCCGAAAUAAAGAAGCGGAUGUUUGCACACCGUCUAAUAUAUGCAGUCGCAAUCAUUGUUUUAUCACACUUGAUGCAAUAAAUGACUGUGUUACACUUAUCAAUCAGUCGACAAACGGUACAUAUGUAAAUGAUGCUCUAAUUGAAACCGAACCACGUAGUUUGAAACACGGAGAUAUCAUCGGAAUUGGAUGUACAGAAUCAAUUUUUGAGGUUGAACCAAAGGAAAAGUGGAGCGGUUACUAUAUAUACAAACUUGUUAACAAUACAUUAAGAGAGAACGGCAGCGAUAAUGUAAUUAAUUUAAUAAGCGACGAUGAGGAAGAUGUUCAACCGCAAAUUCCAAAUGAAAAUCAGGCUGCCCAAAGAGUUGAAAACCAAGUUGACAACGAAGACAAUGAAGUCAAUGAAGUCAACGAUGACAAUGAUGACAACGAUAUUAUUUAUUCGCAGCAAGUUAUGUUGGAAAUAAAAAAAGAGGUGAAUAACACCGAUGAAAUCGAUGAUGAUUAUUCGAUUUUAAUUGAUAGCGAUGACUCGGAUGAUGGUAAUGAGAGCUGGUCACAUAGAUUAUCGCAAAAUCAAGAUUUUGUUAUUAAAAAAGUAACGGAACAGCAACAAAAUAAUAAGCGAAAAUCGGUCAAAGAAAUCGAACCCAUUCCAUUGUUAGCAGCAAAAAGAUGCCGAAAAAACUCAUUGCCAGCAACUGCCAAACAAAUUUUAUGCCCAGUGGAAACAAUGCCAAGAGCACGUAAUGACUUAUAUGAUCAGCCAUCAACGUCAGAUGGAAGGACCAGAAGAAAUGAUGAUGAUAAUGCGAAAUCGAUUAAAGAGAAUGAAAAACCAAAACCAUUUGUCGAUAAAUUUGAUCCAUUUGUUGCCAAACAAAAGGUAGACGAAGCUAAAAAAAAUUUCGACGAAGCUCUCAAACAAGUAGCAACUUCAUCGACGAAGAAACGUAUUGCACACAAACCAAAAAUCCAUCCAAAAAAUGGUCAACUCGUUUCAAUAUUAAAAAAAACAGUGCGCGAAGAAGGAAAGAGUGGAAGAAGGGGCCGUAGAGUACAAUUCGCGAAUGGAUCGCCGACAAUUCGUGAAUACACACCGGAUAGAGAUGAUAUUGGUGAAAUUAUUGCAUCACCUGUCAAAUCAAUGCAAGCACAUGGAAUGGAUAGUUUAAGCAGCUUUCAAAACGAUCCUCUGCAUAAUAUCAUCACAGACGUCACAGAAUGGAGAACCGACUGGAUAUCACAGAGAAAUACUACGCCACCAAUAAACGGUGUUAAUUUUGUUGUAGCACCUUUAUCUCUUAGCUACCCGAAUUUCGAAUCAUACAAAAACACCCUUACGCCGCUUCUCAAACAUGAGCUGUGGUCAUCGAUUCAAGCUGAGAAUCGUCAUCAAAACCGACUAGAAGCAGUUAUCAAUGCAAUGAGUCUUGCCAAAAGGGCCAACCGAAAUCGAUAUGUAUUCCAUGUUCAGCUUGUCGGUGAAGGCUCAAACGCCACAUCAAAUACGGGUGAUUUCGUUUGUGUUGAAACAAAUAAUCAUCCCAAUUUUUUUGCCUAUGUCACAAAUAGUCGUUCAACAGUCUCAGGCUACUCAAAGACAACUUAUCUCACACUGGAGGCAUCUGAAGCGGUAUCCAAAUUAAAGCACGGCGAAUCAACUACAAUAUACAUAAAACCAAUCGCUAAUAUUCGAACCGAGUUAAAGUUGUUCAAUGCAAUUUUUUACUUGAAUCAAACACCAUUUAAAAAUCUUAUUCUCAAUCCAAAGUUAUACAAACCACCAACAAUUCCGAAUAAUAUUACGAAAGAAUUUUCAUAUUCAGGCUAUGAUGUAUUGAACAAGGAACAAUUGCAUAUUAUGAAAUCUAUAUACAAUAAGUGUAUGAGUAAACAUCCAACUUUAUCAUUGAUUGAAGGACCGCCCGGCACAGGUAAAACCAGGGUCAUUGUAUCAAUUAUUCUGCAACUUCUUUACGGCAAAGACAUGACAAGAAAAUUACGAGUCUUAGUUUUGACAUCCAGUAAUGCUGCCGUCGACAUCAUAGCCAGAAGAUUGCUAUAUAUUCGUGAUAAAAUGAACGACAAAAUUGAGAAACAAAGAAUUCUGAAUGUAGUUCGAUUCGGUGUUCUGAAUAGCAUGCAUCCGGACGUACGAAGAAUUGCACCACAAAAUCUAGUCGCAACACCAACAUCACCACGUAAUCCCGAAAUGAAGAAGCUCCACGCUGACAAAAAGAAGCUUCUAGAGGAUAAUGAUUCGUUGAGAAAAAGUCAACACAUUGCUGACAAAGAAAAGAUUAAAGACAACGAAAAACGCAUAAAAUCGAUAGACGCUGCAUUGGAAAAGAUGGGCAAUUCAUCCAUAUUUGAGUAUGAUAACAUUAGGGAUGUUAUGACAAACGCUAGAGUUGUUUGUUCUACACUCAGUAGCUGCAUCAAUUUAAAACAGUACAUUGCAAAGUUCGACGUAUGUUUUAUUGAUGAAGCGUCUCAGUGCACUGAACCGUGGACAUUGGUUCCAUUACAGUACGCUGUGUCAUCGUUUAUUUUAAUUGGAGAUUCAAAUCAACUGAAUCCAGUGGUUUUGUCAAACGUGUGUCGAUCUAAUAGCUUAGAUCGAUCGUUGUUUGCACGAUUAUAUGAUACAUUUGGAAGUAGCAGUUCGAGAUCACUAAUCACAUACACGAUGACAACUCAAUAUCGAAUGCAUCCGGAAAUUUGUAAAUUCCCAAAUACUUUCUACAAAAAUCGAUUGAUUUCGGCCGGAAAUACAAAAGAACCCUUUGAUCUUCAGCCCUACUCUGUAUUCAGUUUAAAUUAUUUGCAGUCAAAUAGUGAUAUGAUCAAUUAUUAUAAUUCAGAAGAAGCCACUUUUAUUAUUGAUAUGUUAAAAGUGAUGGUCAAACAUGCUGAUCCAAAGAAAUAUACAUAUGGCAUAAUUACGCCUUAUGCACAACAGAGAUCGGAAAUUCAAAGAAAAAUGGGAACAUCACAGACGCUUGCCGGUUUCAAUAUUCAAGUAAACACAAUCGACUCUUAUCAAGGCCAAGAACGGGACAUUAUAAUACUGUGUACUACACGAACGACUGGCAUUGGAUUUUUGGCAAAUUUGCAACGUUUGAAUGUGGCUUUGACGCGUGCCAAAAAAUGUUUGGUGAUCUGCGGAAAUUUUACCUCAAUAUCGCAUACCAAUGUAUGGAAACAUCUUUUAGCAGAUGCAAAAGAUCGACACAAAUUCCACAAUAUCCCAUCAAAAUAUGAUUUUCAGCAAAUUGCUGAUUUGUUAGUAAAAAAGUAAAUGAAUCUAUCUGGUGAAUGAAAUUAUGUCAAAAUUGAUAUUUUUUUUAAAUAUUUGAAAUAAGUAUUGAAGCAACCUGUAACAAUAGUGAAUAAAAGCGAUAUUUUAGCAUAUUUUUUUACCUGAAAA